AAGAGCAAAGGAUCCCUGGGAUUGAGCACGCUGUAUGAGCCCCCAGACGGGAUCGUGAUAGCGGAAAUGAUCUUUAUUCAUGGCCUGGGAGGAGGCUCGAUCAAGACAUGGUGCGGUUCCUCCUCCGGCUCAGCUCCUCCAAGCUGCUGGCCGCGGGAUUGGCUACCAGCCGAUGCCGAAUUCGAGCACGUCCGAAUCCAUACCUUUGGCUACGAGGCUGAUUGGAGGGAGCGGACGCCCAGCAUAUUGUCCGUCCAUGAUUUUGCUCAGUCCCUACUUGGGGAGAUGAUGAACCAUCAGCUCAUCAAGCGGAGCGACGCCGGCAUCGUGCUGGUCGGGCAUAGCAUGGGCGGCUGCGUGGCCAAGAAGGCGUACAUCUUAGCCCGGCAGGAUCCUACUUGCGCGGACCUCGCGAGCAGAUUCCACUCCAUGUUCUUCCUUGCGACGCCUCAUCGGGGCUCCGAGCUGGGCAAAGUCCUGCGGAACUUGCUGUUAGUGACGGGAGUCUCCAAGCCAUACGUCAAGGACCUAGUAGCCAACUCGGGGCCCGUGCUAGAGGUGAACGAAGCGUUCCACCAAUACGCCUCGGAUCUCCGUCUAUGGUCCUUCUUUGAGUCUCUGCCAAUGUCCGACUACUCAAACAUUCUCGUUGUUGACAAGCACUCUGCCACUCUCGGGUUCGACAACGAGAGCGUGUCGUUGAUGGAUGCGGACCACCGCACUAUUUGCAAGUUCAAGUAUCAAUCUGAUCAUAACUACAGGAAGCUGCGCAACGCACUGUUGAGUGCGGUCGAGAUGAUCAAGUCCAAUUCCCCUAAAAUGGUCGCCAAAGCUAGACUGGGUCCUUACUUGGGAGUCGACGAUUCAUUUGAAGACGAACUGAUCAUGCAUCGCGAAGCCAGGCAUCCCGAGACCUGUGACUGGAUUGUACAAGAUCCUGGCUUCCGCAACUGGACGCUCUUUGACCCCGAAUCACCGCCCAUCUACUGGCUUGUGGCCGGAAUGGGCGCAGGAAAGUCAAUCAUGUGCAGUCGUGUCGUAGACUACAUGUACCAGCAGAGUGAGCCUACACGGUGCAGCUACUUCUUCAUCAAGCGAGGAAAGGGAGAGAUGCGCGAUCUUUCCACCCUUCUCCUGAGUAUUGCUUUCCAGAUGGGAUUGCAAGAUGCACAGGUUCGGAGGGCCAUCGUUCGGCUUCAGGAAGGAGGCGUUUCUUGGGAGGGCCAAACAGACAAGCUCAUCUGGAGGAAGCUGUUCCAAGAGGCCAUAUUCAAUAUCAAGUCGCCACUGACUCAUUUCUGGAUCAUUGAUGGACUGGACGAGUGCUCGGGGGCUUCCGACAUUUACCAAUUCUUUGAACAGCUUCCUCAACAUGUCCGUGUAUUGAUUGCCAGCCAACAUACGCCGGAGAUACAAGAGGGCAUGCUUUCAUUAGGCCAGAGAGUUGCAAUACGGAUGGUUGGUACAGAACAUACCGCGUCCGACAUGCGGUCCGUCGUCAAAGCAAGGCUCAAGCAGCUCAACCACUUGGAAACCGGCGAUGAUUUGGUCUCUCGAAUUGUCGAGAAAUCCAACGGCUCGUUUGUCUGGAUCCGCCUGGUCCUCAAGGAGCUCGAAACGGCAUUCACGGAUGAGGACAUUGAGGCUAUCCUAGAGGAAGUCCCAAGUGACCUGCACGAAAUGUACGCCAGAAUCUUACACUCCAUUGAGAAAGACAAGCGUCGAGCUAAACUGGCAAAGUCCAUCCUUACAUGGAUAACUCUGGCACAACGACCGAUGACGAUCGAGGAGCUCCGGGGCGCGGUACAGAUGGAUAUUCGAGCUUUGCCGCAGAAUAUGCUUCAUGCCGCUGUUUCUGCAUGCGGCCAAUUCAUUAUGAUAGACCAGAGACGCCAAUUGCACCUGGUUCACGAUACAGCGAGACAAUUCCUCUGCCGGGCAGAUCUAAAUUCGCAGUUUGCUAUAACACCAACGAAAGACCACGGACAUCUUGCAGCACUCUGCUUGGCAUACUUGGCGAAAUACCUAGCAGUCGACCGUUCUACUCAACGAACCGAAAUCUCGUUUCUCUGGUACGCAUCAGAGUGCUUCUCGCAACACUUGGCAAAGUCGAAUGCGGGAGAGCCUCUGUCCCCGGGUGUCGUCUCUCGAUUCUUGGAUGAAUGGGUUCUUCAUUGGAUUGAGAGCUUGGCUCAAAGGCGCAAGCUUGAGGUUGCCGUUCAGUCAGUCAUCAACUUGGAAAGCUAUGCAGAGCGCGGCAAAGAAGAGGCAGUAUGGUCGGACGACGAUAUAGCACGUCUCAAGGGCUGGACCUCAGACAUCUCACGGGUCGUGCUGAACUUUCGAGAGCCGUUGCUCAAGAGCCCUGCAGCAAUCCACCACCUUGUGCCCCCUUUCUGCCCUACUCAGUCAUUGAUAUAUCGUCACGCUGCUUCCUCUGGAGACGUAGAACUGACGGUAUCUGGGCCGCGAGAACAAAGAUGGAACGAGUGUCUCAUGUGCAUCGAGCAUGAGGCAAUGGUGGAAGUGGUUGCGUGUGGGCGGCACCAUGCUGCCAUUGGUUUAUCUACCGGUUAUAUCACCGUUUACGACAUGGCCUUGCUUCAAAGCACCAUCGAGGUCAAGUUUCUGAACUCUCAGCUGAAGCUGAUUGGCUUUGGCUGUGACGACAAAUAUCUUGCUGCUACUGGCUUCGGCCAAGCUGCCAUUUGGGAAACCAAGACAGGGACGCUCAGACAUACCUUUGACUGCGGCCCAGUUCUGUCGAAUCUCGAAACGAAGGAGUUGGAGACACUUCAAUGGGGCACGUUUGACAGCACCUCUAUGGAAGUGCCUCUCCCGUCAUCAUAUGCAUGCGAAGCCAGAUUUGACGAGGCUUGUCCGCAGCGAUUCGGCGUCGCCUUUUACAGCAGUGGAGACAUCUAUCUCCUUCAUAUCGAUGAGCUAUCGGUUCAAGGCGUCUUGAAAACACCUGAGGGAAGACUUGUCAAGGAGUUCUCUUUCAAUCCCAGCCCUGAAACACAUCUUCUCGCAGCUUGCUACACAGGUGGCGGGCUCGCUAUUUUCGAUACCAGCACGAUCUGCCAGAUAUAUUACAAGCCCGACAUGUGCGCAAACCAUGUGUCGUGGACCGCGGAUGGGAGGCAUGCCGUUGUGGGUACGGAAGAAACUGCCUUCACACUUGAGAUAUACAAGGUCCAGAUCUCGGAUGCCGUCAGCCUCGACCUUGUAUGCCAAGUUGAUCAUCCUGGAAUACCCAUCACGCCGCUCGUGGUUGCCAGCCAGGGCAAACGCAUUCUUGGUGCCCACAGUCGUCAGAGCCGCAUAUGGGAAUUCCCUAUGCUUGAGCUGCAGGAAGGCCAGAUGCACGAAGAUGCAGCAACUGGCGACUUUCGGGCAGCAAUAGGUUCACGUUCUCAUAAAGCUUCCAUUGCUGUCAUGGCUCUCUCUGAUGACGGCCGUGUCAUGAUCUGUGGUACACAGUCUGGAGAAGUCAUGGCCUCCUCUGCUCUAGAUGGGUCA